AUGGCGGACAACCGGGAUCCAGCCAGCGACCAGAUGAAACACUGGAAGGAGGAGAGGGCCGCGCAGAAACCUGAUGUCCUGACCACUGGAGCCGGUAAUCCAGUAGGAGACAAACUCAAUAUUCUUACGGUAGGGCCCCGAGGGCCCCUUCUUGUUCAGGAUGUGGUUUUCACUGACGAAAUGGCUCACUUUGACCGGGAGAGAAUUCCUGAGCGAGUUGUGCACGCCAAAGGAGCAGGGGCUUUUGGCUACUUUGAGGUCACACAUGACAUCACCAGAUACUCCAAGGCGAAGGUGUUUGAGCAUGUGGGAAAGAGGACGCCCAUUGCAGUUCGCUUCUCCACUGUUGCUGGAGAAUCGGGCUCAGCUGACACAGUGCGUGACCCUCGUGGCUUUGCAGUGAAAUUUUACACAGAAGAUGGUAAUUGGGAUCUCGUUGGAAACAACACCCCUAUUUUCUUCAUCAGAGAUGCCCUAUUGUUUCCGUCGUUUAUCCACAGCCAGAAGAGAAACCCUCAAACACACCUGAAGGAUCCAGACAUGGUCUGGGACUUCUGGAGCCUGCGUCCUGAGUCUCUGCAUCAGGUUUCCUUCCUGUUCAGUGAUCGAGGGAUUCCAGAUGGACACAGGCACAUGAAUGGAUAUGGAUCGCAUACUUUCAAGCUGGUUAAUGCAGAUGGAGAGGCAGUUUAUUGCAAAUUCCAUUAUAAGACUGACCAGGGCAUCAAAAACCUUUCUGUUGAAGAUGCAGCAAGACUUGCCCACGAAGAUCCUGACUAUGGCCUCCGUGAUCUUUUCAAUGCCAUCGCCACAGGCAACUACCCAUCCUGGACUUUAUACAUCCAGGUCAUGACAUUUAGGGAGGCAGAAAAUUUUCCAUUUAAUCCAUUUGAUCUUACCAAGGUUUGGCCUCACGGCGACUACCCUCUUAUCCCAGUUGGUAAACUGGUCUUAAACCGGAACCCAGUUAAUUACUUUGCUGAGGUUGAACAGUUGGCUUUUGACCCAAGCAACAUGCCGCCCGGCAUCGAGCCCAGCCCUGACAAAAUGCUCCAGGGCCGCCUUUUCGCCUAUCCUGACACUCACCGCCACCGCCUGGGACCCAACUAUCUCCAGAUCCCGGUGAACUGUCCCUACCGUGCUCGAGUGGCCAACUACCAACGCGACGGCCCCAUGUGCAUGAUGGACAAUCAGGGUGGGGCUCCAAAUUACUACCCCAAUAGCUUUAGUGCUCCCGAGCAUCAGCCUUCUGCCCUGGAACAUAGGACCCACUUUUCUGGGGAUGUACAGCGCUUCAACAGUGCCAACGAUGACAAUGUCACUCAGGUGCGGGAUUUCUAUUUGAAAGUACUGAAUGAGGAGCAGAGGAAACGCCUGUGUGAGAACAUUGCAGGCCAUCUCAAAGAUGCACAACUUUUUAUCCAGAAGAAAGCGGUUAAGAACUUCAGUGAUGUCCAUCCUGAAUAUGGCUCCCGCAUCCAGGCUCUUUUGGACAAAUACAAUGAGGAGAAGCCGAAGAACGCAGUUCACACCUAUGUGCAGCAUGGGUCUCACUUGUCUGCAAGGGAGAAAGCUAAUCUCUGA